AUGAUGAGGCGGCAAGGCGACUGGCCGUCAGAAGAGAUUAGGCCUCUUCUCAACCCGACCUCGCAGUCGGUCCCGUCGAAGGGACGUCAGACGACGGUCGGAACACGGGGUGGUGAAGCUCUCUUUACAUUUUUCUCGACUCGCCCGGCCGGUAACAAGGUCUCGACAGGAAGAGGUGGAGAUACAAUCAAUUCAUGCGGCUUCAGAGAAUCGAAUUACAAGUCCGAAUUUGCAUCCAGUCCGCUGUCGAGGCAGAAUAUCACGCCAGAAUAG